AUGGCGCCUUCAGCCGCCAAGCUCAAAGAAGCGCUCAUUGAAGGAACUUGCGAAAUAUACAAGGCAGAGCCCGACGGCACCUCUGUCAAUAAAGUCCGGCGGCAUGUCGAAGAAAAGCUCGGGCUAGAUGAUGGCUUCUUCACUAGCGAUGCAUGGAAGCAGAAAAGCAAGACGAUUAUCAAGGAGCAAGUGGACAAAUUGCUUGACGAAGAUGGUUCCGAACCAGAAAAUGAACCUGAUACCAAAGUUGGUAUCAAGAGACAGUCAUCUGAGGCUGAGUCUCCACAGCCUAAGCGACGGAAGAAGGCAUCUGGGCCUGUGAAGAGGAAAGAGGAGUCAGACGUUGAGGAAACUCCCAAAAAGGAAUCCAAGACUAAGGUUAAGAAGCUUGCAUCGCGCAGCAAGGCCAAGUCAGACGCCUCCGAAGAAGAGGAUACCAAGUUAGGAGAGAUUCCGUCACCUGAUAAAAGUCGGAAACGAAGCGUAAAAGAUGAAUCUGAAAAUGAAUCAAAGCACAACACCCCCAACAAAGGUGAUUCCGCUGCUAUUAAGAAACAAGAAACACCAGGCGACGAGAAAAGGCCGUCAUUAAAAAACCAGCCGGAUUCGGAAGCAGAAGAUACAAAGGCAGAUAUCAAGGAUGAGUUGAAACUAGAAGUCAAUGAGGAGGACGAGUAUUCCGAUGUAAUCGACGAGCCACCGAUCCCAAAACGCAAGAGAGGCGAAAAGAAAGAGAGCUCAUCAAAACCAAAAGCUUCCAAGUCAGCAAUUAAGAAGGAGGCCACCAGUACAGAUGAUCCCAAAGAUGCAGAGAUUAAAAAGCUACAGUCACAACUCACCAAAUGCGGCGUUCGCAAGCUGUGGCACAUAGAACUCAAGCAGUAUGGGGACAAUACCGGAGCAAAAAUUCGCCACCUAAAGAAGAUGUUAUCCGAUAUUGGUAUGGACGGGCGUUUCUCAGAGGCCAAGGCCCGCGAGAUCAAAGAGAUGCGAGAGCUACAGGCAGAUGUCGAGGCAGCUCAGGAGAUGGACCGCCUCUGGGGCACAAGCUCAGGUGGGAGGGCUAGCAGAAGUAAGAGCAGCGUAACCAAACAGGAAACCAAGCCAGGCUAUGGGGAGGAUAACGAGGACGACGUCGAUGAUGGUGAUGAUGAAGAGCCAACAUCUUUUGCUGCGAGGCGAAGGAAAGCCCACGCGGAUCUCGCAUUUCUGGGGGAUGACAGCGAUUCCGAUUAG